UCACAAGAGCCAUGCUUGCGUGUCUGACGAGAUUCCCUCUGUCCCGCAUAACCGACACGACCCUUCACUGAGCGCCAGCGUCUCUCUUCUGUCCUCCAACCUUACCAACUCCAACCGUCCUAACAUGCCUUCAAACUUGAAUCCACAAGGGGGGAAAGCCUUUGGGCUGCUUAAAGCACAGCAGAGGGACCGACUGGAGGAAAUAAAUAAGGAGUUUAUGGAAGAUCAGAAGUACAGAGAUGAGGAGGAUUUGGCAGAAAAGCUGGAUUCUUUUAAAAAUAAAUACGCAGAAUUUGACCUGAACGAUCAGGGGGAGAUCGACAUGAUGGGUCUGAAGAGAAUGAUGGAGAAGCUGGGUGUGCCAAAGACUCAUCUGGAGAUGAAGAAAAUGAUCUCAGAGGUGACAGGGGGAUGUAGCGACACCAUCAACUACAGGGACUUCGUCAAAAUGAUGCUUGGCAAGCGAUCAGCUGUUCUUAAACUGGUUAUGAUGUUUGAAGAUAAAGCUAACGGAACCAGCUGUAAAGCUGAUGGGCCGCCACCCAAACGUGACAUCACCAGCCUUCCAUAGAUCCAGAGAAGAGGAGUUUGAGUGACAUCCCUGCUUUCGCAAAUCCCGCCCAUGUAAUAUUAGGGGCUAGGCCUUACCUAGAAUCUUUUGCCAAGACCCAGGGAAAAUCAUAGUUCAACGAAGGACAAAAUUGGGGAAAAGAUAUCUAUAUAUAUUUGCUGUGAAUCAGUCAAAGCGCAGAGUAGCUUUUUAUAUGUAAACAAAUGUAUAUAUUUAUAUGAAAAGGUUGUUUUUGAAUAGUGUUUCCAAGCACAAAUCAUGUGAGUGAUGUAAUAGUCAAGUUUAUAGUGUGUAACGCUGCAUCUGUACUAAGUAUAGGGUGAACAGGAUGAUUCCGUUUUAGAUAGUAAAAACGAUUGAGAAUUAAGAUUUCUCUCCAAAACCCUAGUGUGUGUGUUUUAUCAUUCCAGUACAUUUGUGUUUGCCAGUUCAGUCUAAUUCGCUUUGGGUUUUGCUAACUCCGCCCAUCAUUUCCUAUGUGUGAUGUCAUAGAUGUGUGUGGGGCAUUCUAUUAUAGUAAGAUUCAGUUAGUGCUCAGCCAGUUGCUAUGAAACAACUUCAUUUGGUUUAUUUCGGUGCUCCUCAAUGAAGGAUUUCCUUUGUGUUUAUAACAUUUCUUCACAUGAAGGAGAGUAGAACUUUGCUCUUUAUCUCUAUAUCUCUCAUUUUUAACUUCUUACAAUUCUCUUCACACCCACCCUGUUUAUGGUGAACAUGUUUGUGGUUUGAUUUGACCGAAAAAUGGCAGUCUGUAACAUUACUAUUGCAUAUUAACAGAUAAGAACACAUUGAUAUUAUUAAUCCUCCUGGCUAAACUGUAAAGGAUGGCGUAGGAAAGAUCCACAGGAGACUUGUUUGUGGUUAUUGUAUAGCAUAUUAGCUUGAAACCGUUCUUUCCAAGUGCCUCACUCAUUUGUUGUAGCAGAGGUUUUGAGUGAAGAGUGAGUGAAGCAUCUUCGAAAAGGAUUCUGUGUGUGUGUGUGUGUGCGUGAAAUUUAUUUUCUGUCGAGCUGCAUUUUGAGGCAUUCCGAGAAUGUCUUUGUGUGGUGGAGUCCUUGGACAUGUUGUCUUGUUUUAACCCAAGCGUGCAGCUCUAAUGAUAAUUUUGUGGUUAUUUUAUAAGAGCUGUUCUAUAACGUGUGAUAUGUAAGGGAUGCCAUAUUGUGAUCUAGAAUUUUGGGGGUUUAGAUUUUAGAGUUUAAUUUCUGAGUAAGAUAGACAUGACAGAUCAAUCUUAGAUCAGUAGUGGUUUGGCCACUUUUAUUUUCUUGUCACAUGUGAUGUUUUAUGCAUUUUAUUUUUGUGCCUCUGUUUAGUUUUGUCAUUGACAUGUUCUUAUUUUUCUCUUUAACAUGGAGCAAGUGUGAAUCAAUGGCUGGACUGUGUUGUAUGUUUUUUUAGUUUUUUUUUAGAAAUGCAUUUUAACUGAAUUAUUAAAAGUUUAAUCUGUCAGCAUAUUAGUUAGCAAAGACAUUUGUAAAGUUGUUUUUCAAACACCAAAGGAAGUAAAUACCUUGCUGUUACACCUUAAGAUCAAAGUGGCACUCUUUUUUUUUACUCUGUAUGUGUGUAUUUUCUUUUAAGUGUCAUUUCCACCUACUCUGUGGGAAUGUUGGCGCAUAUUUAGGGCACAAGCAAUAUUUUAGUCCUUUAACACAAAUGUUAGUGUGCAACAAAAUAUAGCUUUAGUCAUCUUUUGGGCAUAUAAGGACAUUUCAUAAUGAGAAGACUGAACCUCACCCAUGAACUCACCCAAAUACAUGUACACAUAAAUAACUUGUGCAAUUAUUCUUUACUAUAAAAUUAGCAUGUGUGAUCUCACCCAUACAGUAUGUUAAAAAUAUGUUAUGGUUAUUUAUGGAUCUAGGAACCACCAUCAUAGCGAGAUUAGAUUGACUGUUUAUAGCACUGUCUCUCUCUGUGUGUAGAUUAAGUGCUGCAUUUGAGCCAUUAUUAACUUGCCAAGUGAAAAUGAAACACCUAAAACUGUUCAACUGAAAAACCCCAGAUCACAACCUUGUGUUCUUUUAGUUGUGAAACGAGGUUCUCUAAACCAGUUCACACUGUUUGGUUAACUUGCGAUAUUUUAAAAUGUAGAAGUAGGGUUUGUCUUGUCCAGAAUAAUGAAAAGGAUUUUAUAUGGAGCUCAGUGGUCAGGUCACUUCCUCCUCCGACUUCUGCUAUCUGAUUUAGAAAGAAUCGGCUUUGUUCACACCACUCAAAACGGUUCUUUAUACAGCUGAUGGACCACAAAUUAAACAUUGUUUGAAUAUGAAGUAUCAAAUUGCUCUAAACAGAUGGUGUGACGAUCUCUACAAUCACAAUUAAAAGGGAGAAGUCUUUUGUAAUGACUGCCUUUGUAAUCUUUAGUGUGAUCUGUAUUUUACAUUUUCAAAUCGAUCUGUAACUAUCACAUAAAAGUCAUUAGAUUAACAU